AUGUCUGAACCACGGGGCAUUCUAAGAAACAAAGCUGAAUCCAGCCGUCUGCCACUGAGCGGCGAGGCGGAACUCGAUAGAUCCGAGGUUAUUCGGAAUACUCGGCUCAAUGCCCAGUUGCAGUCCGAGUCCAGUAAAGGCGAGAGAAUCAGAGCUAAAAUCGCCGAGGCCAAGGAGGCAAACGGCGACUCUAAAACACCAGAACACUUGAAGUGGGAUGAGAUUAAUUUGUACAAGACAGAGCAGGAGAAGGCCGCCACCAUGAAGAUCGACGAGCCCAAGACACCGUACGAAGGCGGUUUCAACCCAGAUGGCGAAUACUAUCAGAACGAUGACGAUGAAGAAGAGAUUCCGGACUUUUCUCUCGGUGAGGGCCAAUUUGACAGUGAAGUUGCUCCGGCGGAAGACGAUAGAAUCAUCAGAAAUGAGGCUGCGGAGGACGAGGAAGAUGAAGACGAAGACCAGCCUCUAUCGGCAGAAGAGAGACACAAGAAGUUUGAGGAGAUGCGGAAGGCCCACUACCACCAGGCUGCCAACCCGCUCAAACACAGAAUUGAGGUCUCUGACGACGAAGACGAGCUGCUGUAG